GGACGAAAUACAAAUCACAGAAAAAUUAAUAAGUUGAAGUGUCUAAGAUCGAUCCACCGGUGCUGUAAGAAGAGAUGGAGAUGAUGGAAGGUGGAAUAUGGGAGGGUCGUCUUCGUCUUCAAGUGCUUAUUGUGAUUCUUCUGGGUUUCUCUCAUCUCAUCUGCGUCAUCAAUGGCGUUCCACUCACAAGGACAAGAAAUCUGGAGAAUCUGAGUGGAGAUCAUAAUAUUGUUCCACAAUCUGGUAUUCACAAUGCCCCUCAGAAGCAGACAAGCAUUAACAAGGAAUUGGGGAAAGCCGGAAAAGGCGUCAAUGGCAAUUAUGCAGAGGGGAGAUUUUUAGAGCAACUUUUUGAUUAUUCAGUUGAUGCUAACAAAAAUAAUCAUCAUAGAUUCCCAUGAGAAAAAUGAUUAAUAAAUCGAUCUCUGGGAUUAAUCUAAAGAUCGCUUAGUUUUGUUUUUAUGAAAAUGAUGUACCAAUUAAUUUUAUGGGACUUUGGUUGUACCCUCACUAAUAGUUUAUAUUAAUGCCCAAUAUAUUUCACUA